ACUUUGUUGUACAAACAUCAUUUUUAUCAACCAAGAAAAAAUCAUGAAAAAUUCUUUUUCAAUCAGUCGAAUCCGGAUGGUCGGCAGCUUCGGUUUAAUUAUGACCAUAAUAACCAUAAUGAUAAUAUUGAUUUCAACAUUGGUCGAUUCAUAUGGUGGUAGAAGAUCAUGCGGUAUGAAUGCCUAUUGGAAUGAAUGUGCAACAUCUUGUCCGGAUAAUUGUUAUAAUUAUGGUCGUCCACGUCCAUGUACAUUAAAUUGUCGUCAAGCAUGUUCAUGUAAGCGGGGAUUUGUUUUCGAAUCAUCCGGAUUAUCUGGAAGAUGUGUACCAAUUUCAUAUUGCCACCGUAAUAAUAAUAAUAAUGGUCGAUGGAAUAAUAAUAAUAAUGGUGGUGGUUGGAGAGGAAAUUGGAAUAGAAAUUCUUUUCAAAGAAAUCAAUGGCGUUAUUAUGGAUAGCGUUUCUUUUUUUCCCUCUCUUCAUUCAUCAUUGAAUAAUCCCG